ACCUCCUGAGGAGAUCAUACCCGCCGCCGCCGCGGAGCGCUGCAAGCGGAUCGUCGUCCUGGAGGCGACGCGCUUGCCCAAGGCCGGCGACGAGGAGAAGCUCGCCCGCCUGCGCUUCCCCAGGAACCACAGCGAGCGCCUCCUCCGCAGCGGGCUCUCGCUGAAGGACGUCGCCACGCAGGCCGCCUUCCGCGUGCUGGAGCAGUGGGCGGCCGUGCUGAGGCCGCUCGCCCCGCCCGAGGAGCUCCCGCGGGUGCUCGCCCUGUUCGUGCACGAGCGGGCCGAGGACAUGCUGUCGUCCCUGAGCAGCGGCCAGCGUGAUGAAGCGCCCGCGCAAGAGUGCCUGCGCGAGGGCCACGUGCAGCUCUCGCAGCCCGCCCUCCAGCGGGCCACGGGCUCGUCGCUCCGGGCGCCGGCCAACGCCGUGGUGCGCGGAUGCCAUCCGCUCGGUGCAGCCUUGCUGCGAGUCACGCCGCUGCCCGCCGAUCUCUCCGCUGGGCAGCACUGGGAGUGGUUGGUGGAGCUGUCCAGCUGCUUCGGCAUCGAAGAGGAGGUGGACGCCGCCUGGAUGUGCGCCGCGGAGCGUCGGCCGCGGCCCGGGCCGGAGACGCCGGGCGAGCGCGAGCGUGUCGAGGGGCGGCGGCGGCGGCACGAAGACCGCCCGAGAUUCUCGAGCACGGCCUCCAGAUCGAUGUCGGACUUUUCGCUGCGCAGGACCAGCCCAGCCUUCACGUGGGCCACGUUCCAGGCGGACCAGGGCAUGCGGUCCACCCUCUUCACGAACUGCUCGCCGCAGGUCCUCAGCUCGGACUCGCGGGCGUCCAGGGCUCGGGCCUCGCCUGGGCCCGGCCACUACGACAAGCCCCCGACUCGCGCCAGGAGCCGGGCGCACUUCCCAGCGGUGGGCCGCAGGAGGGCCGCCAACGGGGAGAUGAGCCUGUCGCAGGUGGGGCGGUGGCUCGUCCCCUGA